AUAUCACGUUUGUAGUAAGGGUGUCACAAGCCGCAGUCAACAUUGAUUUCACUUCCCAUCGUAACCGGAUUGUUUCCUACGAAAACACAUGCACGGCUGUAUUCCGCUCUAAGUGAAAGAAAAUGAAAGUAAAUCUUUGUCAGCGACAGUUAGCAUGGUUGAACACUAUAUUUAUUAAGUUUUCAUUCAUUGGAGACGACACAUUUUUCCCUUGGUCUGUUGUAUAGCUGUAAAAUUCAGGUACACUUUAUCAUAAUGAAAGAAGUAAUAAUGUUGAUUUUAUGUGUAAGCAAAGUGUUUGGUGUGGUACAAAAAGGAUUGGAGCUGGAGUCAAGAUCAAAUUCGAUAAAAAUAUUAGAAAUGAGCAAUACAAGAGGAAGAUCGCUAUCGAAGCAGAUACCAUCAUUAUCAACUAACCCACAAGGAGGUUCGUUGACGAAUGGUUGCCAAUGCAUAAAUGGCAUAUGCAGUUGCUGUACAGGUAUCUUUAGCAUGCGUGGUUGUAUGAACCUUACAUACAUUCCGGAGGAUUUUGCAUUUGAUUUUAGAAUGCUCAUCAACAAUCGUGUUCUAUAUAAAAAUAAAAUUACCGGGAGGAACCCUCCACCAGUUUGUGUUAACCCUCCAAGACUGGACUUUGUUGAAGUUUGUGCUCGAUUCUACGACCUCUUUUUCGUUGGCCGCAAUAUGCACGUUUGCAUGGAAAUGAACGGAAGCUUCGAGGGAUUUGAACUUUUUUCACGUCAAUUCAAUUGCCUAAGAAUGGGAGAUAAAGGAAUUAAAGUGCUCAAACCUGGCGAAAGUUCUGAUGCAUUGACUAGACCUCCUGGACUUGAAGCAGAGAUUGACGCUGGUACCGAGGAUAUUGAUGAUUAUGAAGAAGCAGUAAUAUAGGUAUUCGAGUUGUUUCACGAAUCAUAUUGCGAAUUAUAUAAUAUUUAAUUGUUUUGAUGAUCAGGUUAAGUAUUUAUUGUAGAGUAAAAUUAAACGCACAAUAAAUAUUGUUAUUAAUGAGUUUAGUUUAUGUAAAUUGUAAUCCACAAACACACACUCUUUUUUGCCCCCUCUACAUAUUAUUUAUUACCAUUUGUUAACGAUAGAUCUAAACGCUUCCGUAAAAAAUGGAUAACAUGCAGAUCGAACUAUUCUUGGAUGUUGAUACAAAUGGCGAAGUUAUUGGGAUCUACCCCAUCUACUUCCUCCUGCCUUGAUCAGUACCGAAGGUGAAAUCUUACCUAGAUGUUAUCUUUUAUCGACUCAUAAAGUAGCUUUUGAAUAUUGUAGCGAGUAAUUGU